AUGUCACAUGAUACCACUUUUCAUGGAGCCUUGGAAGGUUCUAAGCGAGGACUUUGCCUCAUCAACAACUCAAAGAAACACUCGAUUGCCCUCAAUCCCAUGCUAUCUGUAUCGCUUUUCAGCAACAGCCCCUCUGCAGACCUCCUAUCUGUUUUCGGGGCUACAUAUGUGCGUGCGCAUCGAGUAGCCCAAUAUAAGGAGCUUUCUGAGGCUGGCUGCCUCAAUUUCAUAACCAUCAACAACCUGCAUGAUGAGAUCAGUGCUCACCCCGAAAUCAACUUGCACGAUUAUUUCCCCUCAGACUACGACCGUCGGUACAAAUGGGUAAUGCCAAAUGCAACGCCAGAAAAAAGGGCCGUUGAGCCACAGCACCCAAAAGAGCCUUGUGACUGGCUCCGUGAGAGGCUUUCUAAAGUCGAUACUGCCAAUAUUCUUUACCCACUAUCUAAUCAAGCCACAGCGCUCCUGCAAAAGCUAUUUGACCUGAGCACACGAGGAGCCGUGGUCAAGUGCGGCAAUGAAAUUGCUAUCAAAGUCUUUCCCAAUAGCAGAGAUUUGACAGAGUAUCACAAUCUCCAAUACCUUGCUGAUCACGUUCCUGAGCUCCCGAUUCCCAGAGUCCAUGGAGGCCUGGGUGGGGAAGACUACCGCAUCAUGGAACUUUUUGCAAAAACUGGCAUUACAACAGCAAGGCAAUUUGAUGAGCUGCAAUUCUCUGCAAAACAUCGUGCAAGUCCUUCCUAUGUGAAGCUACUUCGUUCAUUUCUGAGAAAUGAAAAUAGGUCUCUUAAGGGUUCAGUGUUUACACAUGGCGAUUUGAAGAAAACAAAUAUCAUGGUUGAAAAGGAUCCCACCAACACCGAUGCGUAUAUUAUAACUGGAAUCAUUGAUUGGGAGGAGGGUGGUUUCUAUCCAGAGUAUUAUGAGUGUACAACUCUGUCGAACGGCCAGAGCAUUGAUUGUGAUGAUGACUGGUAUCUAUAUGUGCCAGACUCAAUUUCACCCUUGCGAUAUCCUGUGCGCUGGUUGGUUGAUCGCCUCUGGGGAAACCUUUUGUGGAACUGGAGGACGGAUACAGUUCGAUGA